AUGAGAAGAUGUGGUCCAACGUCAGCUUUGACAAUCUUCGUCGCUUACUCUCCAUCAUCAAAUCACGAAGAGAAAGAAGUAGUAGCUUUCUAUAUAAACCUGGGGAAGUUCUACAGAGAAAAUCAUACCUUCUACAAGGUUAUAAUUGUUGAUUUCGUCGCCAAAAUUUGCCCCAGAACGACGCCCAAAGAACUUCACAUCGGAACCUACGGUCUUCAAUGGUAUGAGCAGGGAGAGACACUUUCCAAGUUCAUCAUGACGACUAAGAUCAUCCAUGAGUAUUCGCAAUUCCAGAAGCACUCCUCUCUACCUUCAACGUGGGAAUCUCUCGAUGGAGGGUAUCAUAAUGAACCACAUCAUCAUCAGUGA